GUGUCAGAGUGGCGCGCAAACAAUGGAGGCCUUGACGGAGGCCUCCUCUGCUCUCCUGAGAGCGCUGCCUGUACUUGGUGGGGAUCGCUUUUGAUGAGAAAUGAGCCAUUGUCUCACUUGCUGUUGUCGUGUGCGAGCGCAGCGCGACAAUGCCACUGGACACUCGCUCAGCAUGCUCAUCCAUAAAACGUACAAAAGAUCGCCGCUCUAUCCAAGUGGACAGACUCUGGUUGAAAAGGUAGCGAGGGCAACAUGAGUUGGAGCUUUCUCACGCGUCUGCUCGAAGAGAUCCACAACCACUCCACCUUUGUGGGCAAAGUGUGGCUGACCGUGCUCAUCAUCUUCCGCAUCGUGCUCACGGCCGUCGGGGGGGAGUCCAUCUACUCGGACGAGCAGACCAAGUUCACCUGCAACACCAAGCAGCCGGGUUGUGACAACGUGUGCUACGAUGCCUUUGCGCCGCUCUCCCAUGUGCGCUUCUGGGUCUUCCAGAUCAUCAUGAUCUCCACACCCUCCAUCAUGUACAUGGGCUACGCGAUCCACAAGAUCGCUCGCUCCUCCGAGGUGGAGCGGCGAAGGGGUCGCAGGAUCCGCAAAAAGCCGCCGGCUCACUCGAGAUGGCGGGGAAGUCACCAUCUGGAGGACGUCUUGGAGGGGGAAGAUGACGACGCGGAGCCGAUGAUCUACGAGGACACGCUGGAGGGUCCCGAGUCCAGAACCGAGCUGGCGAAAGAGCAGCCGAAGCACGACGGUCGCCGAAGAAUCCUUCAAGAGGGGCUGAUGCGGAUCUAUGUUCUUCAGCUCUUGUCACGAGCCGUCUUUGAGAUUGCUUUCCUUGCGGGACAGUACCUCCUGUAUGGCUUUCAAGUUAGACCUUCCUUUGUGUGCAACCGGAUCCCCUGUCCGCACCGAGUGGACUGCUUUGUCUCCAGGCCCACUGAGAAAACAAUCUUCCUUCUCAUCAUGUAUGUCGUAAGCUGCCUCUGCCUCAUCUUGAACAUUUGCGAGAUGCUUCACCUGGGAAUCGGCACUUUUCGAGACACCCUGCACCUCAAGAGGAACCGGGGUCGGCGGAGUUUCGGCUACCCCUUCUCCCGCAACAUCCCCGCCUCCCCUCCCGGAUACAACCUUGUGAUGAAGACAGACAAGUCCAGCAGGAUGCCCAACAGUCUCAUCACCACCCACGAGCAGAACAUGGCCAACGUGGCCCAGGAGCAGCAGUGCACCAGUCCGGACGAGAAUAUUCCCUCCGACCUGGCGAGCCUUCACCGCCACUUGCGUGUGGCCCAGGAACAGCUGGACAUGGCCUUUCAGACAUAUCAAACGAAAAAUCACCAGCAGACCUCCAGAACCAGCAGCCCCGUGUCCGGGGUGACCAUGGCGGAGCAAAAUCGUGUCAACAUGGUUCAGGAGAAGCAAGGUGCCAGGCCCAAGUCAGCCACGGAGAAAGCAGCCACCAUUGUAAAAAAUGGAAAAACUUCUGUCUGGAUCUAAAAUAUUUUCUAUUUUAACAGUUCUGUAUUAAGGACUGCACUUGAAGACCUGCGCUACUUUGGACAACAAUCAGAAUAUUUUAAGGAUUACAGAACAUAGCGGAGAAAACUGUCUAGAAUUGUCUUUGUUAUCUCCCAGUGUCAUUUUGUGCUUUAACAUGCAACUAGUUGGUUGUCUCUAACUUGACUAAACAGAAACCAAGAGUGUUACGAGCAAUUCAUUGACUGCUGCCAAGCUGGAUUUAUUAGCCGAAUUGUUUUGGUUUUGAUUGUUUUUGGAAAGAAGGGUAGAAUAUGAAUGGGUUUGACUUUGAUACUAUGUAUAGUAUGAAUGAGUGUUGCUGGAACCAGAUUACAUGUGACAUAUUUUGAGAAAGAAUCAUUACGUUCCUGAAUGCUCUCCUGCUAACAGAACCAUUCGUUUUCAGUCACUGCAUGACCCCCCCCCCCCUUACACACACACACACAAAAAAUCACAUUUUAAAAGCAAGAUAAAUUGUUAUUUAUACCGUCAUUUUGCUAUCUAAAGGAGAUGCAUGCUUUACAUAGGUUACAAUAGAGAACCCACCUUUAGCAAAGAAACUACAGAUCCUUAUGUUGUGCUUUUAAAAUGGAUUUUAACGUUUAAUCCUGCCUUCACGUUUAUCAUUCAUCAAAGUGCCUCAAACUUUUCAAGACUGUUCUUGUAUUUUCCUCUGGAAAAGAAAAUAAAGUUAUUGGUUAACUCUG